AUGGAUCCCAUUGAUCAUGAACGAUGCAGGUACCCCUACUGCAUAGUCUGGACACCUAUUCCAGUGUUGACAUGGAUCUUUCCAAUUCUUGGCCAUAUGGGUAUUUGCACAUCCACUGGUGUCAUAAGAGACUUUGCAGGCCCCUAUUUUGUAUCAGAGGAUUUGAUGGCUUUUGGAAAUCCUACAAAGUAUUGGCAGUUAUCUCCUCAGAAAUCCAACAAUGGACAAGCUGGGUGGGACUCGGCUGUUGCUGAAGCUUCUGAGAUAUAUAAGAAAAGAAUGCAUAUCAUAUUCUACGACAAUUGCCAUUCUCACGUUGCAACUGCUCUGAAUAUCAUGAACUAUGGCGGGUGUAAAAACUGGAACAUGGUCAAAUUAGCAUUUUACAUGAUCCCUUACUCAAAGUAUGUUAGUGUUGGAGCAUUUGUGAAAACAUGGUUACCAUUCCUUAUCAUAGUAGCAUUUAUAUGUGGACUUGCCGCUCUCAUAUAG